AUGGGUCGGUCCCAGUGUCUGCUUGUCUGCGGAUGUGGGCUGCUAAGCGCGGGAACGAGGGGCAGUCGGGGGUGGAUGAGCGGCACAGGUAAUAUUGACGCUUUUUGCCCAGGCCUCUCGAUGCUUCUGAUACGCUCAAAACGAUGGACGUACGGAUUCGAAAUAGACAUUACAUGCAAUGCGGAUUUAAUGUGGAUUGCAUGGUUCGUUGGAGGUCUGAGAAAAGUGAUGAGCGGACUUAUUGACGUCUUCCUCCCAUGUUUCUACACCCCCUACCCCGGCGUCCGCCGCAUCGCUGAGAACAGCGGAUGA